CUGCAUUUUCACCAUAUGCUACGGGUUUGGGGCGCUUCACCCGGGCCACCAAUCUUCAUCAGUGAGUGCGAAUUAUAACUCCAUUUCUUCAUUUGCAGACAAUGCUGAGCCCGUAAGCGAUGGAGCUGGGGUACAAGCACCCAGGUCAAGUCUUACAUCGGGUGAGCUUCGGUUUUUCACCAGCAGUUUGGAGUUUCACCAUUUGGAUAGAGACGGGGGUUUCUUUGUUGUGUUAUAAAAAGAAGUCAUAUUCAGGGAUGUCCAAUCAUCAACCUAGCGAGCGUAAGAAGUCAAUGGCGGUCAGAGACUGUUUAUAAUCAUUGGGCUACAAUAUAAUACGUCCAUUGUGCUUUAGGCAAAAUGUUUCCCCCCAUAAGGGGCCCCUGAGAAGCUCAAGUCUCAGUGCAAAGGAAAAAGCAGCCCUGGGCUCCAGUCUGUAGCAACUAAAGCCAUGUUCCUCACAUACAUGUCAUGAAGUCCCUCACUGAGCACUGAUUUUAAUUCACAUUGAGCAUUUAUUCUCCUCACAGUCGAUACAGAACAUGUUGCCUGAGCCGAACCAACGCAGGCAGGAGGAAUAAAGAGGCGAGAGAUGAAAUGAUAAGUCCAUUCCCCACCACUAGAGUCCUCCGCCUCCUCCCACUGUAUGUCUGUGCGGCUCCGCCAGUGAACCCCACACUGUACCCACAGAAGCACAGACAACACUCAGACACACUAACAGCCGUGCCGGGGGAGGCUGGCAGAAUCCAAAGCACGAGGGCAGGAAUGGCACGGAGAGACUAACUAGCCUGAUGCCAACCAAGCUCCACACCAGCUUCUGCAUCCCAUUUCAAGUUUCCUCGCUCUUCAGAGACUGUUCUCUAGAUAAUCCAUUGAGAAACGAUAUUUAUAAAAACAAAGCAGAUCAUGGCACGGCUGACAAAAAGAAGACUGGCUGAUACGAAAGUAAUUCAGUACUUAUGGACUGCCAUUGAAGUCAUCCGCAACCAGAAACAGAUUGCAAAUAUUGAUCGCAUUACAAAGUACAUGACGCGAGUGCAUGGGAUGCACCCGAAAGAGAUCACACGGCAGCUGAGCUUAGCUGUGAAAGACGGACUUAUAGUGGAGACACUUACAGUAGGCUGCAAAGGAUCAAAGGCUGGUAUUGAACAAGAAGGAUACUGGUUACCUGGGGAUGAAAUUAUGAAACAGCACCACAUUCAAGGAAAAGAGGGAAAAUCAGUGAAUUCACCAGAGGACUGGGAGACGGAAACCCACGACUGGUAUUGUUUUGAGUGCCAUAUGCCUGGAGAAGUGAUGAUGUGUGACCAGUGCUUUCGUGUGUAUCACCCAAAAUGCCUACCUGAUGACUUGAGACUAAGAGAUAGCAGUAAUCACUGGCAGUGCCCAAUUUGCAAGAGCAUGAAGAAGAAAAACAACAACAAGCAGGAGAUGGGUAAAUACCUGCGAUUCAUUGUUUCCCGCAUGAAGGAGAGGGCGAUUGAACUCAAUAAAAAAGGAAAGGAUAGCAAGCAUCCGAUGUAUAGGCGUUUGGUUCAUACCACCAUUGAUGUUUCUACUAUUAAUGAGAAAGUGACUGAAGGAAAAUACAAGAGUUACGAUGAGUUCAAGGCAGAUGCACAGCUGCUUCUACACAACACAAUUAUUUUUUAUGGAGAUGACAGCGAGCAGGUGGACGUGGCUAAAGUUCUUUACAAGGACACUUGUCAUGAGCUGGAUGAGCUGCAACUUUGCAAAAAUUGCUUCUACUUGUCAAAUGCUCGGCCUGAAAAUUGGUUCUGCUAUCCCUGUAUACCUAAUCAUGAAUUGGUCUGGGCUAAGAUGAAAGGUUUUGGGUUUUGGCCAGCCAAAGUCAUGCAGAAAGAAGACAAUCAAGUUGAUGUUCGUUUCUUUGGCCACCAUCAUCAGAGAGCCUGGAUUCCAUCAGAUAAUAUUCAGGAGAUCACAGUCAACGUGCAUCAGCUACAUGUAAAACGCAGUAUGGGCUGGAAAAAAGCCUGUGAUGAACUGGAUUUGCACCAACGCUUUCUGCGUGAAGGACGGUUCUAUAAAUCCAAAGGCGAGGAUAAAGGGGAGGAGGAAGCUGAAUCUAGUAUAUCCUCUACCAGCAAUGAUCAGCACAAAGCAUCUCAGGAACCUAGAGCCAAGAAAGGACGACGCAAUCAAAAUGUAGAGCCUAAAAAGGAAGAACAAGAACCUGAACCUGAAACUGAAGCAGUGAGCUCAAGUCAAGAGAUCCCGCCUGUUCCUUCUCCAGUCGAAAAGGUUUCAGUUUGCACCCAGACCAAGAAGCCUAGUGCCCCCUCUCCCAGAAUGCUGCACCGGAGCACACAGACCAACAACGAUCUGACCUGCCAAAACCUAUGUCAUGACAAGUAUAGCAAGAUAUUCAACGAAUACAAGGAAAGGAUGGGUGUCGACAACAAGAGAGAGACGGAGAGAGUUGUACGAGAAGCAUUAGAUAAGCUGCGAGUAGAAAUGGAGGAGGAGAAGCGACAAGCAGUUAACAAAGCUGUAUCUACUGCUCAGGCGGAACUGGAGAAAAAGUGUAAACAAGUCAAAGAAAAGUGCAAAGAAGAGUUUGUGGAAGAAAUUAAAAAACUUGCAGCUCAACACAAACAGCUCAUAUCCCAGACCAAGAAGAAGCAGUGGUGCUACAACUGUGAAGAGGAAGCCAUGUACCACUGCUGCUGGAACACCUCAUACUGCUCUAUCAAAUGUCAGCAGGAACACUGGCACGCAGAACACAAGCGGACCUGCCGCAGGAAAAGAUGAAUGGCUUCCCUUUGUCCAACAGCAGCAGCCGUUUUGUUUUACUCUUCUCUUCAAGAUGCCCUUAUCUCUUACUACCUGCAUACCAUGUUUGCACCAGCUCAUUACUCAAAUAGUCUGGAAGAGAGAGCCGCUCGGUGCAGCCCUCCCGCUUUUAGGGUAAAAGACCUUUCCGCAUCUGUCAUUUUUGCACACUGACACUUGUGCUUCACUUUCUUCUGCCACUGCUUGGGGGUAAGAGAAAUUCCCUACUACCCUAAACACCGGGCAACUUCUCUUCCCCCCCCAAGUUGAUAAGCCAAUCGCUGCCAGAGACACCUGCAGUCUGGAGCCAUAUGUUGCAGGUACUUCUGGGAACAAACAGGGUUUAACUUACUAUCCUCUCAUAACUAAACUUAGCAUUAACAGAGCACGCGUUGAAUGUCGUAUGUCGAGUACAAAAUUUAUUGCUGACAUCCAGUAGUUUCCUUAGAAGACGUAGAAUUUUUAACUUCAAGGCAUUUAGUGUUUUGUAAUAUUUUAAAACUUUUACAGUAGAUUUUAACAAAGUUCUAUGUAAACCAAGCAGUGAGAUUCCAUCUUAAUAUCGUAGGCGACCAUCUCCCACCCGUGUUACCGACAUGACUGAUCUUCUACAAAGGUCCCUUGUUGAGUGGCAGGUUUAGAAUGAAAU